AAAAACAUUAAUUUAUUUAGUCAAUUUAGAACAUUAUUCCUUGGUUACAAGAAUCAUAUUAUUUCCCUCCUUCACCUCUCCCUUCCCGUAGCUGACAUGCAAUUCCACUGGGUAUCACAUAUGUCCUUGAUCAGAACCUAUUUCCAUGUUGUUGAUGUUUGCACUAGGAUGUUCAUUUAGAGUCUUCAUCCCCAAUCAUAUCCCCAUUAACCCAUGUAAACAAGCAGUUGUUUUUCUUCUGUGUUUUUACUUCCACUGUUUUUCCUCUGGAUAUGGAUAGUGUUCUUUCUCAUAGAUCCCUCCAAGUUGUUCAGGAUCACUGCAUUGCCACUAAUAGAGAUGUCCAUUACAUUUGAUUGUACCAGUCUCUGUGUAUAAUCUUCUCCUAGUUCUGCUCCUCUCUGCAUCACUUCCUGGAGGUCGUUCCAGUCCCCCAUGGAAUCCCUCCACAUUAUUAUUCCUUUGAGCACAAUAGUAUUCCAUCACCAACAUAUACCACAAUUUGUUCAGCCAUUCCCCAAUUGAAGGGCAUCCCCUCAUUUUCCAAUUUUUUGCCACCAAAAAGAGCACAGCUAUGAAUAUUCUUGUACAUGUCUUUUUUCCUUUUUAUCUCUUUGGGGUACAAACCCAGCAGUGCUAUGGCUGGAUCAAAGGGCAGACAAUCUUUUAGCGUCUAAAGAGAUUCUUAUUAUAAAAUAAAGUGUUCAUUGAAACUGUUCAAUAUAUGGAUAAAGAAGGAUGUUUAAUUCUAAGGGAUUCUAAAUCCACCCAAAUAAACUCCCAGGUUCCACAAGGAACCACUUCUCCUGUGUUUCACAGGCUACACUAAUCCUUCCUGAUCUGACUAACACAUUUAUACUAUCUAAAUAAAACUACCACUAAUAUCCUUAUAAAUCUUGUCAAAUUAUAAAAUAGCAAAUGCUAGCUGGUUGAGUCUCAACAAAAAUCAAGUUAGGACAAGACCAGGUUUUUCUUUGGUCUCAGACAUAAACCAAUCUAUAAAGACCACAAUAGAUAGUCACUAGUGUUUCCCAAGUUGGGAAAAGAAAACACUGAGCUCCUUCAGGUCUUUCCCUCAGACAGAGAGAGAGGCAAAGAUGUUACCUCCUCCAGCCCUGAGAGAGAGUCUCUGAGAGUGUGUCUCUGCCAACUGCCAGAGAGAAUAAUUGACAUAGAAAAAUAGUUAUAACUGUCAACAGUUGAAAUUAACAUACUCUCUCAGCUCUGCUUCAAACUCCAGUUAUUUUCUCAAGUAGCCACUUUACUUCUUAUCCUUAAACUAAAAAACAAUACUAAUUUUCUAAUACCGUCCUUACAAUCCUCUAUGCUUUCCUGGAGGUCACUAGAUCUACCUCUAAAGCUAAUUAUUUUUGCCCCAAAAGGUAACUUCAGUUCUCUUACUAGACUUCACCCAGACAAUCAAGGAAAUUUGAAUCUUUCCUUGCUCUCUGGAUUAGGCGUCAAUUAACAAGCCUAACUUCCAUGAAUUGAAUUGAGAUAAAAUUGCUAUUUAAAAUAUUACUAAAAAAUUAAGGGAGAAAGUAAAAUGCAACAACCACACAAAAAUCUUAUUCCGGUGCCUCACUAUAACACAGAGGUGACCCCGAGUUCUCAAAGGCAAUGAACAAUGACUUCUACACAGAUCUGCCAAAAUAAACAGGCUUCAAAUAUAAUAACAAAGAUAGACAAUAUUUAUUAUCCAAAGUCCAAUCCAGCUAAGUACAGAGUUUCUUAUCACAACCAGUUAGUUGACUAUAGGUGAUGAAUUCUUUGAUUAUGGCAACCCAUGAAACAAAGAAAAUUACAAAAUGUCCAUUAGUCUCAUUUAGCAUCCUUCCUCUUCUGCAAUGAUGUCAGAGUUGCAGAAAAGGGGGACUGAAGGGCCAAAGAACUCCAGUCACAGAAUAUGAAUAUGCUAAUGCAACUAAGAUUAUUGACCAACAAGCAAUUAGUAGAUAAACUGCUGGAUGUAUCCAACUAUAUAACUAUUGAUAUUAUUGCUAAAAAUGAAGUCUGAAAACAAAAAGAUGUGACUAAAAAGAAGAUAAAUUCUUCUUGGAAAGAUAAAUAAAGAAGUAGUUAUUUUCAUUGUGUACUAUGGAAUGACAAUAAACAGCACUUCAGAAUAUACUUUGAUAUCUCUCUGUUGAGUGCUCAUGAGAUCACAGGCAAUAAGGCCACCAUGAAAUGAAUCAUAGCUUCUCUGUUAGUAUCUUUUCUGGAGGAUGAAGGAGUUUACCUUCAUUAUAUGAAUUAUAUGAAGAAUUCGAAAAGGUCCUCUGAGGAAAUUCAAAAUAUACAUUGACAUUUGGUGACUUUAAGCUAAGGUGCUCUUGGGACAGAUGGGGGUGGGGGAGGAAACAAAUAUCAUUUGGUACUAAGAAAUAGGAGGCCCAAGACUUGUAAACCACUCAGGAGUCUUAUAUCUAUUUAUCAUGAAUACUUUCUUCAUGAAGAAUGUUAGAAGGUCAACUCUAAAUCACUAGUGAUAAAACAUGUUCUUCACCUCUUGAAAGGUGAUAAUCUUAAGGUGCAGAAUGAAACAUACAUUUUUGGAUAUAGUCUCUAUGUGGAUUUGUUUUGGUUGACAAUGUUUGUUACAAGAAUUGUGUUUUUUGCUCCUUUUUUAAGUAGAGGUCGAAGGAUCUGAGAAAAAGACAGCUAGUAGUAAUGUUGCAAAAAAUAAAAAGAAUGAAAAUGAAGGAGUUUUCAAAUGGACAGAAAAGAACAGAAGAAAGCUCAUUAGGAAACACAUAAAAGCAAGACAGUUUUGAAAAUAUGUUGAAUUUAUUAUGUGUAUUUUUAAAAUUUCAAACUGUAUAUGAGAGAUUCAGUUUCAUAUAUCCUCUUUUUCUGUACUACUUUAUAAAUGGAAACAAUUCAUUUCUUCUGGUCUAUAUUCAAUUCAGAUUUAUUUCCAAAUGUUCUCUAAAAAAUAGUGUCAGAAGGUACCAGAUAUAGAAAGUAUGAUGCCCAAAGAUGGACAUUCUUUUUCUCAAAUGUAUGAACACCUUUUAAAAAUUGUUGAUUAUAUCUUAACAGACAGGAAAAACUGGUUACCUGUGUUGGUGUCAUCCCUGAAUCAGUUGUCUAUGAAAAGUCAGACUGUUGAUUUGUUAAAGCAUAGAUCAAAACCAAGACACAAUUUACAAGAAGGGAUAAAGAUGAGAAGAAAAUAGCAAAAUAUAGUUAUAUUGUUAUAUAAUGAAUUCAUAUAAUUACAUGAUAAAUUUAUAACUUCAACAUGUCUGAUUUGCUAUACAAAAGAAUCUGGUCCAUUAUCUUUAGCCUUGCAGAUAGACCUAAUUUCUUGAUCAUAGGAGGGAAGAAGGUUAUUGCUAGCCCCUCAUUCCCAAUUUCCAACCAAUCCUAUUGUUCCACCCAUCCCAGCUCAAAUUGAUUUCACCAUUCAUGAUGUCAAGCUCCUUUAGCUAAUCAUAACUUGCUCCUCGUUAAUGAAGCCUUGUUCUUUCUUCUGUACUCCCCAAAACUCUAAAAGAGAGCUGUCCUCAUCACUUGAGGUUUAGUUUUGCUGUAUAAGCCGAAAUCCUAGUAAAUUUGUGCUUUACAAAUAAAUUCACCAUGCUUAGAACUUUGAGCCUCAAUUUACCUUACUUUAUAAAACAUUGGAAUAUGGAAGUACAAAGCCUUGUGCUGGAGCCCCAAAGCUGGACAUCCUUUCUCUCAAAAGAAAGAGAUCCUUUCUCUUAAAAGAACUCAGGCUAAAAUAGACAAGAACAAGUACACAAAUGAUGAUUUACAAGAGCAGAAUGAAAUUAAAUCAAAAAGAAAAAUUCAAGCAAAAUGCAAUGAGGAAUUUAUGGAGGCAGAGGUCACUUUCACCUAGAUACACAGGGAAGUCUUGGUGGAAAUAAGUUAAAACUGGGCUUUAAAAGGAGAGAGAUGAGAUUAAGAUGAGGCUGAAAAUUAUUCAGUUUGGCAAGAAUGUAGGAAAUAUGAUGAAGAGUAUUUUGAGAUAGAGCAGGAAAAGUUUAAAUUAGGAGCAAAGUGUUGAGGUUCUCGAAUGUGAUAAGCAGUAGAGAGCCAGUGAAAGUGUGGGCUUCAAAAAGAAAACUACUAAGGGCUUAAUACUAUCUAAGAACAAAAGCAUUCUUCGAUUUUUCAAUGAACUCUGUCAGACCUUGUCUACCUAGCUUCUCUCUUGUUACUGACUGUCUCUACAUCCCAAUUGGUAGCCUAGCAUACACUCUAAUCAUAUUAGAAGUUUAUCCUUUCCUUAGGUGAAAUCCAUAUUCAUUUUUAAAAUACCAGAGAUGGAGUCAGGAAAACCUGGGUUCAAAUCCCAUCUUUGAUCCUUUAAUUGCCAAUACAUUUUUAAAGUCUGAGAACCAAAUCUUUGCUGUUGGUGCUACCUAACACCCAGGACUGCCUUCCUUUUCAGCUUUCCAACUCUUUGCCAAAUGAUGAAACUCCCACAAAGUUCCAAAGUCCAGCCACGGACUGCUUCAAUGACAGUACAUUAGCAGUACACAGUAUUCAGUCAAGUCCAUGAGGGCAUCAGCACUGAUCCCAUUUUCAAACUCCAAUCGAACACUAUGUCUAUUUGACACCUUUUCCCACUUCCCUGCCUCGUCAAAAUGAAGUCAUUUGUCUCAUGAACCUGUCUCCACCAUCACGUAAUGAAUACAGAAUUAGCGUGUGCUAAUCUUUCAAUCUUUCGGUAGAUUUUGCUGAAGAGACCAUAUUCCUUCCUGGAACAGGACACUUACGUACCUUGAAUUUGCUGCUAGAUUGCUCAGGAACUAUUGUAUAGGCCGUAUUUCUUUGUUAUGACAACAUUUCAACGAAGCAGAUUUUCAAAUCAGGCAAAGGACUCUUCUGUAGAACUGGAGUUCGUUUGCAUGAUAGCAAUCUAUUGAAAGUAUUGUCUAUUCGGGGGUGAAGGAAGGAACGAACGAAGAAAGGGAUAAAUUGUGAGGAAAUUAACCUUCAUCUGGCUUUUUGUUUGGGGGUUGGGACCCUCCUGCCUCACACUAACACGAUUUCAUCUACUAGUCACCAGAAGGUUGGGUGAAUCAUUUUUUCUAAACUUCACCUCUUGAAGUUGGUUUGAGGUUUGCUAGUCAAAAAAGAAAUGAAAUAAGAGCCGUUGUUAGACCAUAAGUCUUUUAUCUGGGCGGCACUGGUCAAUUUGAGGCGCCACUUCCCCCAAGCCUUUACUUUCCCUGAAGUUCACAACCCGGCUUUCCCUCAGACCACAGACUCGUGUCCCUCUAGGGAGCUAUGAAGGGCAAAGCCAUGAAGGGAGGGGAGGCUGGAGCAGGGAAUUCCCAAGCUUCCGUUUAUGCUCGCGACCCCGCUAUUCCAUAAAAAAUGGAACAUUCCGAUCUCUCCGCUCUCCGAUAUCGCAGCUCCCCGGAGCGGGGCGGGCCCCCUGACUGUGUGGAAGCUGCUGUCACUCGAGGCGCGCCGCUGGAAUCCGGGACAACUGGAGCUACGUUACGGGAAUAGGGUCCCCUCGGCGCCCCGCCUCCUCGUUCUUCGGACCAAUGCUUGCGCCCGUCCGGUGGCGCCGAAACCAAUCAGAGGCCUCCCAGCUCCGGGCCUAGACUUGAAGGCUAGAGUGCGCCGGGGAGGGGCCGUGAAGGAGGCCUGGGGUAGAAAAGACUGGGCUGUUGCCCGGCUGCCUGCCUACCCGCCCAGAGGACGGUGGGGAGGCCGGAGCUGCGAGACCCGCGGUGGGGCAGUGAAGCCCAAGUUCGACUGGGUUGCUGCUGCUGCCCGCCAGAGCUAGGGCAGGCCCCGGGCCUGCCUCCGAGUUCGAGUAGGUGGGUGGAGGAGGCGUCGCCUGCCUGCUGGCCGCUGAAAAUCUAUUUUUAAAAACUACUGUCAUUUGUGGAGCAGCUAAGUGAAUUGAGAGCCAGUCCUAGAGAUGGGAGGUCCUGGAUUCAAAUGUGGCAUCAGACACUUCCUAGCUGUGUGAUCCUGGGAAUCUUUAUGCAUGAUGUUGACUCUGUGGACUUGGAAAGUACAAGCUUUGCUUAUUUUCAUCACCUUUGAUUCAGUACAAGGUGGAAUUUUAAAACCAUGUGGUCAUAUCAUCCCAGAAUCUCCAAUUAUAACACCUAAUACCAAAUUCACAGCAAUAUGUAUUUUAAAAGAAGAGUGUGUGAAUGAUCAGCACUUAAAUGCUAGUCACAUUUUCUGGAAAAUAAAAAAUACCUAUAUUCCUAAGGAACAAUACACUGUCAUUAAUAGAACAGCUGCCAGUGUUACAUUGGAAGAUGUAUCUUCAUUAGGUAGUCUACUAACAUGCAACAUUUUACUAUAUGGACAGAUUGAACAGACUAUUUAUGGGAUCCAAAUGCAAAUAGGCUGGCUUCCAGAGAAACCAAAAAAUUUGAGUUGUGUUGUGAAUGGUCAAACUAACAUGAAGUGUCAGUGGGACCCAGGAAAGGAAACGCAUUUGGAUACAACAUAUGUUUUAAAGUCAGAAUGGCCAACCCGGCAGCUGCCAGAUUGCAUUCCACCACCUGGGGUAAAUGAUUCAUGCACAAUUGAUAUGGUUGUGGUUUUUGUCAAUAUGGAUGUCUGGGUAGUAGCUUCAAAUGCCCUUGGGAAUGUUUCAUCUGAUCGUAUCAAUUUUGAUCCCAUCGAUUAUGUGAAACUCCUCCCUCCACAUAAUUUAUCAGUCAGCAAUUCCAAGGAACUAUCCAGUAUCUUAAAAGUGUCGUGGGCCAACCCUGUUAAUAAGCCUUUUGAUGGACUAAAAUAUAACAUUCGGUACCGGGAAAAAGAAGCUUCAAAUUGGACACUGAUUCCUCCUGAAGACACAGCUACAACCCGGAAUUCAUUUACAGUUCAGGACCUUAAACCUUUUACAGAAUAUGUAUUUUCAAUUCAAUGUAUGAACAUUGAGGGUAAGGGGUUCUGGAGUAACUGGAGUGCAGAAGCAAGUGGAGUCACCUAUGAAGCUAAACCAUCAAAUGCAUCAAGUUUCUGGUAUGAGAUCAUUCCUUCUCAAGGUCAUGGAUACCGACUUGUUCUUCUGAAAUGGAAGCCUUUGACUCGAUCUCAAGCCAAUGGAAGAAUCUUGGAUUAUGAAGUAACUCUAAAGGGAGGGAAAACAUCGCAUUUGCCAAUAUACACCAAUGAUACAAAAUUGACUGUGAAUGUCACAAAUGACCCUUAUGUUGUGAGUCUGAAAGCUCGUAAUAUAGUUGGAAGCUCUGAUCCAUCCACUUUAACUAUUCCUGGCUGUGAUUUUAAAGCAGCACAUCCUGUAACAAAUCUUAAAGCAUUUCCUAAAGAUAAUGCACUUUGGGUAGAGUGGACACCUCCAAAUGAACCUGUAAAUAAAUACAUAUUGGAGUGGUGUAUAUUUUCUGAUAAUUUGCCAUGUAUUCGUGACUGGCAGCAAGAAACCAGUGCCGUGCACCAGACCUACUUACAAGGAAAAUUUUUGGAGAGCAAAUGCUAUUUGAUAACCGUUAUCCCAGUGUAUGAUGAUGGUCCAGGAAGCCCCCAGUCUGUGCAGGCAUAUCUCAAACAAGCUCCACCUUCCAAAGGACCUUCUGUUCGAACAAAGAAAGUGGGGAAAAAUGAAGCAGUCUUAGUGUGGGACCACCUUUCUGUCGAUGAUCAGAAUGGAUUCAUCAGAAACUAUACUAUAUUUUACAAAACUAGCAGUGGAAAUGAAACUAAAGCUGUGCAUGUGAAUUCAUCCCACAGAGAAUAUACACUUUCUCCUUUGAAUAGUGACACAUUAUACAUGGUGCGGAUGGCAGCAUAUACAGAUGAAGGGGGCAAGGAGGGGCCAGAAUUCACCUUUACUACUUCAAAGUUUGCUCAAGGAGAAAUUGAAGCCAUAGUUGUUCCUGUUUGCUUAGCAUUCUUGUUGACUACUCUUCUGGGUGUGUUGCUCUGUUUUAACAAACUAGAUCUAAUUAAGAAACAUAUUUGGCCUAAUGUUCCAGAUCCUUCAAAAAGUCAUAUUGCUCAAUGGUCACCUCACACACCACCUAGGCACAAUUUGCACCCCAAGGAGCAGAUGUACCCAGAAGGCACUUUCACCGACACGGAUGUCAGUGUGGUAGAAAUAGAAGCAAAUGUCAAAAAGCCUUCUCCAGAGGAUCUGAAGUCCCUGGAUCUCUUCAAGAAGGACAAAGUAAUUGCCGAAGGACACAGCAGCGGCAUCGGGGGUUCUUCCUGCAUGUCAUCUUCCAGGCCAAGCAUCUCUAGUAAUGAUGAAAGCGAAUCCGGACAAAACACCUCAAGCACCGUGCAGUAUUCCACUGUGGUCCACAGUGGCUACAGGCACCAGGUUCCCUCAGUCCAGGUCUUCUCCAGGUCCGAGUCCACCCAGCCCCUACUGGACUCCGAGGAACGCCAAGAAGACCUGCAGAUAGUAGAGGACGGAGGCAGGGGUGACGGCGCAGCCCCCAGGCAGCCGUACUUCAAGCAGACCUGCGGUCGGGACGACGCGGCUCCCGAGCUGCCACGCUUUGAAAGGUCAAAGCAGGCUUCUCCGGGGAGUGAGGAAGAUGUCGUUAGGCUUGACCCGCAGCAGGGUUCCGAUGCGAGGUCACGGUCCUCCGGCCUGGGGCCCAUGAGAGAUUCUGAAGCAGUGAAGGCAGCCGAUGGUCUUGGUCCAGGUCCCGAGGGGCCUAGUCCGAGGUCUGAAACAGCCGGGCUGGAGGCAGCAGCCGACGAAAACAUGCCUAAAAGCUAUUUACCACAGACUGUGAGGCGGGGAGGCUACGUACCCCAGUGAGGAAGGCGCCGCCGGGGACCUACCUUGACCUGUGACUUCAGAUGAAAAGUCACCUGUUGGAGGAGGCUGUUGGCCUCCUGCACUGGCGCGUACUUUACUUCCUGGGCUAUUUCUCUUCUGGAAUAACUGAGAUUCUACGUCAAGCACUACACGCACUCUGGCAUCCUGUCUGAAGAGUUGAACUUGUGCUGCUUCGGGAUGCUGGCGUUCUACAAAGAACACCUUGUCUAAAACUCGUUCAGUGACGCCCUUCGUUUGCGUUGCCAUCGGUGUCGAGCAGUCGGCACGGGCCUCAGAAGGGCCGUCAUCCCGGGGAGGGGAGCGCUGAGCGGAGAGCUUGGGAGCCAAGAGCUCUGCCUCGCCAUCCUGCCCGGGCCCCACAGCACUUACCGAGGGAGCGUCCUCCAGGCCGCCAGCGCGGCGGGCCUCCUGACGGCCUGGUGCGGCCAUGCUGAAGGCUGACUCCUUACUGCGAUGGUGCCCCAACCCCACACUGUGGGGCCCAGUCGGAAGAGGAAAAGGCUCCAUGUUGGUGGUCAUCUAAUACGCAGACCAGAAUCUUCACUGCACAGAAUGGGUCGAGCAGGGGAGACGCGGAAGAGGAAAUCGCUGCAUUGCCACCGCCGUAACCCUCAUUUAAGCAGAUUCCUCCCCUGCAGUGGAAGGAACAAACGCUGCCAACUGGGCCUUUUCAUAAGCCACGUGCCGUUGGCAGAGACUUGAAUGUGGCCGCAUUUCUCUGUUGGCAUAUAUUGAAAUUAUGGACUUGCUAGGCUCUAGAAAACGUGGUUAGAGAAGCACUUUAUCUAAACUUUUGAUUUAAAAGGUUUGUUAUUUUCAUCUAUUUUGUGUUUUCCUUUCUUUUUAGCUAAGUAGACCAACAUUGAAAAUGCCUUUUUUUAGCCCUUGCCUCCCUUGACGCUUAAGUUGUCCCUCUUCACUAAGCAAACACGUUGGCUUUUUUAUUUUUCCUAGCAUUAUAAUCACUGGUGUCAUCAGAAUGAUACAUACUUACUUACUGACAAUUUUAAAUGAGAUGCUGCCUACCCAGUCCAGAGGGGAAACGGGCCACCAUCGUACCCACCCUCACGAAUUCCGCUUUAGCGUUCCGGAGCCUUCAGAGCCUUUUUAUUGGCCGCCUCGUCCUCUGGGGAGCCCUUCCCGCUGCCGCUGUAGCCUGAGCGUUCAUGGAUUCAUCCGUGUAACUUCCCCGCGGGGCCAGCCACGUCUUAGCCAGACCGAAGCCGACCAGAGACACUGGAAUGAGAAAAGGCAGCAAGACGGGUCCCUGCCCCCCAGGGAAGGGCAGGCCGUUGUUUCUGUGGUCAGUCAAAGUCGCGUUCCAGGAGUCAGGCAGACUUAGUCUGGCUCAGCUUACUAGUAACUGACUGUGACAAGGCCACUAGUCUGGACAUCACGACUAGAGAGCUCAGGCGAACGAACGGGGGGUUGAUUUUAGGGUGAAUAAAAUCCUGCUGUCGGCAUCUUAAUCGUUCAUUUUAGCGCUUUCUACUCAGCCAAGAAGGCCCGGGUUCUGGUGUCCCCCCGCCCUUGGGCCCGCUCAGCCUCCCCGGGCCCGGGUAACCCGCACGACUGGGUUGUCGGAGCGGCUGCCGGCUGCCCUUGGGCUGGGUUUUCCACACCAGGCCACUCCCUCCGGUCAUGGAAUCACCGGGAUGGAGGAUCCCAUUUAUCAGACAUCCAGGUUUCCUUCCCUGGACAGAAGAGCAUUAGAGUCGUGGCCCUGCGGACCGAGAAAAGCCUUCAUGCCUGUAACAGCUGAGCCGCCGCGUCGCCACCAUUUGGAUGGCGCGGCCCUUUGGGUGUCUGUGAAGCCGAUGGAUCCCUUCUCAGAAUCGUGUCUUCAAAUGCACAACGUAAAACGGAAUUACAAGGAAAGCCAAUUGGACUGAACUACAGUGAUGAAACAUAUAUGUUUAGAAACAAGUCCACAGACUCCAGGUCUAUCCCAAGCUCUUCAUUUUGGCACUUAAGCAACAUUCUUUUUCCUGGUACAGGCUAGAACUGGGUCUCGGAAAUGCUGUGAUUCUACAAAACUCGAAACUCAAUAACAGCGACGCGUCUCAAGUUAAAGAUGCAGUGGCACAACUUCCUUUUCUUUUUUUAAACCCUUAACUUCCAUCUUGGAAAUAAUACUAAGUCUCGGUUCUAAUGCAGAAGGGAGCUUCUGGCUAGGCAGUGAGGGUUCAGUGACUUGUCCAGUGUCCCACAAGCGAGGCCCUAUCUAGGUCACAUUUGAACUCAGGGCUCUCUCCACUGAACCAUCGCGCUGCUCCUAUGACUGCCUUACAAAGUAGAACUUAAAGGUAGACCCUACCAAGUACCAAAUUCUGAAAAUUCUCUCUCUAGCCAGAUGUUAUUUUCCUUUACGGUGUUCCUUCCCUUUUUCUUUUAUGGCAGAAGUCUUACAGCUCCCCAGUGUGGCCUGAACCAAAUUAAAAUGUUGUUGAGAAACACUUGACAAAGAAAAGGACAAUAAAAAUACGCGAUGUUCCGUUAUGAAGCUGUCAAAGUAGAGCUCGGACGCGGGUUCGCGUUCCCAGACACCAGGGUGCUGCCCCUGGCCCUGCUCACAUGCGCCACGUUCCCUACACCAGAUCCUCAGACCCUUGAGGAGAGGCAGGAGCUGCUGCUGCUCGGUAGGUCCUCACCAGCAGCACAGCCUUGAACGAAUGGGAGCCUAAUGGGAUGAACGUUUCACUUUCAAUCGUGACUUUCCUUUUUUCAAAUCAUGCCGUUUAUCAGAUUCGUCAUGAAGGCGUUUCAGUCAGCGAUUGCAAUUGGGUAAAACAAUCCAUUUGGAGAGAACAGUUUUUGGUAUUUUGGUUUGGUUUCUUCAUCCCAGGUAAAAGAAUAGUUGUUGAUUAUUUCCUUUGGGAUUUCAUCGAAUUUCUACUCCUUUAUCUAUGCUUAAAACUUGACCUUUUGGCAAAAUUUCUUUUACGCUAACAGGUAAAACCCAUAAAAUUAUAUUUUAGUUAAAAUCAUAAGCUGUUUCUUCUCCUCAGUUGCUAGAGAAACAUGGAACUGGAACCUUCCUUGUCUAUGGAUCUGAUACCCAAAUGGACUGAUCAAGUUUACUUUGUAUCUACAUGUAGACAAAAAAUCUAAUUUUAAAGACCAAACCGUCUUAGAACAAAUACAGAUUUCUGGACGACGGUUGAGUGCCUCAAACAUGUUCAUCCCUGGACGUGGCACUGCGUAGGAAACGUUCCCACGGAACCAUCAUUCGAAACAGGCAGCCGUGAUCGAGAUGACGGCAUCGUGCCAUUUCAGGAGAUGUCGAGGCAUCGCUCACGGAAGCUGGGGGCAGAGCGCGGCGGGCCCCCGAGGAGGAACACUGAGGCAGGAACAAGUGGGGGAUCUGCCGGGGAUGAGAGCAAAACGGGCCUCGCCAAUACAGAUCUCUGUGGCUCUGCAUGUGCAGAUGGGAAAUGUGCACGAGUGGCAGCUUGCACCUCUGAAGCCAUCACCACUCUCCAUAAAAGCAAGCCCGCCAGAGUUUCCUCAUUCCUUUUGUUCCUUCUCACCACCAGGAUAAUGCCCACAAGAUACGAGAAUUAACCACAGGUUGUGUUAUUUGCAAUAUCAAACCCGCUUCCUUACUCCGGCCCAAAAUGACAUCAUGAGGGACUCCCCAGCUUUUCUAUGCCAGUUGCUUUAGCUACAGAGCAUCAUUUCUUACUCCACCCCUUUCUGCCCAGCCCUUGUCAUCUAGCCCACUUUUUCCUGCCCCCAAAAAGAAUGAGACCUUGCUUAGGAAUAGCUCGAUUUGGGUAGAAAGGUAUGAAAACUCUUAGAAAUAGUUUCUUGUUCUAAUAAUUGAUUUCAUUUAAGUUAAGCAUUUUUACAUUCAAACAUAACUCAAUUGGGAGGCAUCAUUUCUUUUUAAGUCUCAGCCAAAACUUUUUUUAUUUUAAAUGAAAGAAAGCGUAUCUCUACUAGGCACAAGAGGAUACUGUCCUAGGUGGUAUGUGUGCAGGAUUCUCAUUGGGGAAGGGGGAGGAGAAUUUCCAAACCAGAAAAUCUUCUGGUUUUCUUUCUAACUCAGCUUUUUUCCUGACAACCUUGAGAGGGUUUGGGGAAUGCUUUUGCUUUUGUUUCUUUUAGGAAGCAUAAUCUUUAAGUAGAGAUCCCUACAUUUUGGUUUAGGCAGUCUCAUGCUAAAGCAGGGUGACUUGAAUUGUAGUCCAUUCGGGGUGCUCUUCAUCUAAUCUUCCUCAAGAAGCUCAGGGAAAAAUCUCACUUUAAAAGCGGCUGUUGAAAUGUCUGACGCUUUAUUUUCUGAACUGACAAGCUGGUUCUUCUCUUUCCCCCAAGCGGAAUGUGCAAAGUGAAGUUGAUAGAGCGGGUAGUUUCUACGUCACAGUGUUUCAAGGCACGAGGCAUGCAUGGAAACGUGCCGUGUCUACACAGCAAUCAGUCAAUAGGAUUCCAUAAAGAGCGUUGGGAUUAGCGAUUGGAAUUGAGGUCACUCGGUUCAGGUGACCGUGCGGGCCUCCCCAUGUCUGUAUAAAAGCUGUUGGCCUCAAAUAGUCUGUCUGUCCUUCCCUUCCUCCUUCCCUCCCUCCCUUCUCUAGUUCUUAGAGAUUUAGGGAGUCAUUUAAGAGCAUCUUGAAAACAAGGUGUUAAAUGAGACACACACACACGUGUCCUAUAUACAUAUAUGUAACAUAAACUGAAUCCAACUAUAAAAGCUCUUUCUAGAAUCUAGAUGGAAACUUACUAAUUGUGCAAAGAUUCACUUUUCCUCACCAGAUUUUCACCUACUUACAGAAUGGACGUCCAAAAGAUGAAAAUGCAUUUAGACAUGAAUAUUUCACACGCCUUCCUUUUAUCCAAAGAGGGAAAAACAAAACCACAACUUUGUUUUUAAUAUUAAAUUACUAUCUGGGGAGAUACUUAAAAUGAUAUCUGUCUUUGUACCUGCUUUGCAUAUGUAAGACAAAUUUGACAAAUUUGAUUCAUUUACAGAAAAAUUAUUAUCCCUCUACACCACUGAUUCAUUAUCGCCCUUAAAUAUUUGGGGUCAAGAUGGCUUUCUUCUACAUUAAAAUACUAACACUAUCUGGAAAGCAACCUCAUCAAGGAGGAAGGCAAAUGCAAUAGUUCAAGAGGUACUUCUGCUCAUCUAUAGGGUUUGAAAAAAUUCUGUUAACCACACUUUUUAGGACUAUUAAAUUUUAACUAAUAGUUAAUAGUGUUUGAGGUCUUCUAUUCCGAUUAAUAGGGAAAAGAUAUACAAAAUAUUUACUAUUGUAAGAAUAAAAGUUUCAAGAAAUUGUUAUUCAUUAAAAUAUAAAAAGCUGUGUUUUUGUCUUUUUUAAUAUUAAUCUAAAUGCUGGAAGAUGCCCAACAUUUACAUCAAAUAAACUGAAUUGUGUAUAUGAUCAAAAA